ACACUAAUUUCCACAUCCCUCUUCCAUAUAUUUUCUUUUGUAUUAAACAAGUGAAAAUGGCUACAAGAGCUUUCCUUCUUCUUGCUCUAGCUUUUGCUGUUGUUCUUCUCAUCACCUCCGAAAUGGCUGCAGCUAAGGAGUUGGCUGAAAACACUGAUAGUCAGAUUAACGUCGACAGUGGACAUUCACGAUACAGUGGAGGUGGUGGACAUGGAGGCGGAGGAUACAAAGGUGGACGUGGAGGGCAUGACAACGGUGGUGGACGAGGAGGGCACAACAACGGUGGUGGAAGCAAAGGUUGCAGACAUGGCUGCUGUGGUGGACGUGGAUACAAAGGGUGCAAGUGUUGCAGCACGUUUGAAGAGGCAGUUGCUUACAAACAAACUCAAAACUAACUAAUGAUGCUUCGCCAUGCAAUUAUGCAUUAUGUACUGCUUAUAUGUGAAAUAAUUAGCACAACUUCUUUCGAUGGAAGUAUGCACUUGAUAUGUAUUGUAAAAUAAGAGAUAUUUUUACUCUAUUGUAGAAUAUGAGAUCUCUUUUAACUC